GAGUCUCUCGGGAGGCUGGAUUAGCCACAAGUUGUGGUGAACCAGGGUAAAAUCGGUGUGCCUCUUACUCUUCUCUUUACUUCUCGUUUAUUAAUUUUUUAUUCCUGCGAUUUCUUGAUCAAACACUAUUCACCCCCCCUCUAGCGUUGGUCUUUUAUUCUAACAAUUGGUAUGAGAGCCUAACUCGCGUCCAAACUUAACCGUUUGAGAGUAAAGCGAUCAUGGGUUCUUCUUCUAGAAAUCUCUAUGCAGGAAUUGGAGAAGGUCAAUCAACUUCUAGGCCACCACUCUUUGACGGCACCAACUAUUCCUAUUGGAAGGAACGGAUGAGAAUCUAUAUCCGUUCCACCAACUUCCAAUUAUGGUUGGUCAUCAAAAACGGAGAGGAAAUCCCGAUGAAGAAAGUUAACGACAAGUUGAUCCCCAAGACCGAAGAUGAGUUUGAUGCCGAGGACAUCAAGAAGAUUGAGAAUUAUGCAAAGGCCAUCAAUAUGCUAUAUUGUGCGGUCAACCCCAAUGACUACCGGAAAAUCUCCUGCUGCACAACCGCCAAAGAGAUGUGGGACAAGCUUGAAGUGACGUACGAAGGUACUAAUCAAGUUCGUGAAGCCAAGAUCGAUUUUCUCACUCAAGAGUAUGAAAUGUUCCGAAUGAAAGAAGGUGAGAAAAUCGAUGACAUGUUCGACCGGUUCUCAAAGAUCAUCAACGACCUUCAUGCUCUCAAAAAGACUUACGCCAACAAGGAUCUCGUGAGGAAAAUCCUGCGGAGUCUCACAAGUUGUGGUGAACCAGGGUAAAAUUGGUGUAACACCCUAAUCCGUCCAGGUCUGCAGCCCCAUUCGGACUAAAGUAUUUAACUUGGUAAUCGUAAAAUUUAAAACUUUUCAAACACACUUUAUUAAUCUCAAUAAUAUUUUUCAUAACAUAUACAGUACGGACUAUUUAACAAUAUUGCGGAAGCGAAUUUAAUAUUGACAUAUCAUAAAUCAUUUCAAAACUU